GUUCAUUCAUCGACGCGUCCGUCCGUCCAUUGCCCAUGCCGCCAAACACUAAUAGUGAAUUCAUUGUCUGUCUGUCUGUCUGUCUGUCUGUCUGCACAGUGAGAGCCACGAAAAAGGAUGAAAUAAGGAUAAUGGAGAGAGAGAGAGCAAGGUAAGGUAGCGUAGCUAGCCCAGCCGAACGACCAAAAAGACGCCGCCGCACCUUUGUGCUCAAACAUUUGCCAUUCUCCAUCCAUCCAUCAUUGAGCAGCAGUGAGCCGAUCCAAUCCUCCAUGUGGCUACCUACCCUGCCUUUGCCUUAGCCACGAGAGGCUCCUGCUCGGCCAGCCUCGCCCCGGCGGCAGGGAGCCGCUCCUGCUGCACCAGCAACACCAGCCACCGGAACAGCUGCGUCAGCAUCACCGUACUCAACACAGUACCUGUCGUCACACAAUCACACACACACACACAGAGGGAGAGAGAUGGGAAACUCGUAAUUGUAUGGUGCCCACCCACCCACCCCGACAGACACAUACAUACCAGCAAUGAGCAAGAUCAGUCCAGCUGCGUAAGGCGUCUUGUGCUCGAGUACAGUCAUGAUGGGGUAGGGCCAGUGGCCGUUGAUGAUCCACCGGGACAAGAGCGCGACAGAGAGAUACCCCCCGAUGACCACCACAGCCUGUUUGCUGUGCGCAGAGGCCGACGGCAUGUGCACGUGCAGGUCGCGCUUGAGCACAACCAUGUGCGUCAGGAGCACCGCCGUCACACCCGCAUGGCCCCAGUGGUUGUGGAAAGGACGUUCCACCAGAUAAUCCUCUACACAGACACACACACACAGACACACAGACAGAUAGAUUGCCCAAACACAUAGAGAAGACGGCAUAUAUCGCUCACCAGGCGCCACUCCCUUGCCGGCCGUGGCCAAUUGGAUGCCGUAGAAGAGGCAUGUGACGACGGCCUCGAUCGUCAGGGUGAUGACGAACAUGCCGUCACGGGUCUUGCGCAGGGAGGCGGCCCCGAGGGACGCCAGGCACACGCAGUGGUACAAGAGAUGCGCAGUCAUUCCCCAGACUGUCAGAAACGUCCAAGGCCCCAGACCGCCAUCGAGGAUGCCCUUGACGGGCAGGUGAAACCUGUGGGUCAGACGAGCAAGCAACCAUCCAUGAGUGAAUUUCGUGUCUUAUCUCUUAUGUCGUCCGCUUUACGUAAGGAUCUUGACGAACCACCAGAUGUCGAUGGCGAAGACCACCGAGUCGCACACCACGUUGAGCAACAUUCCCAAGGACACGCCUGUCUUCUUGCUUCCCAUGGCCGGAUUUCUGAGCCUUGAUUUGACAAGAUUCAAUAGAUGCGGACCUUCAGUCUUGCGGCACGUACACUCAAUGCUUCCAAACGGCAAAGGAAUCAAAUCGAC